GAGACAAAACUACCGCUUCGAGUUGCACGUGGCUUGCAUUAGCGCAUGCGUAUAGACGAUUCGCACGCGCAAUCUACGGUACGCGCACGCGCAUGUGCCUAUGCGCGCGUCGCGCAGCGGAGCGGAAGAUAGCCCGGAGAAAGUGGUGAGCCAGAGAUUUACUGCAAGAUGGCGGAGGUUAUGGAGGACGUUGGAACUACAGGAGCUACAGACUCCUCUGUGUCGGUAGUGGCAGGAAAGGCGAGCGCCUCGUCGUUCAACUGGGAUGAGGUGGACUGGAGCAAGUUCAGUCCCGAGGAGGCGCACCGCCUCCGGCACCGGAUGGUGGAGGAGCGACACAGGGGACACGAUCUGAUGCACGCGGAAAUGAUCCUCAUACUGUUCGGAUCCAUUGCAGUGGCGCAGAUAGUCCUGUUCCUCUGGCGGCAGAAACACCGAAGGUCCUAUCAGGCGGUGACACUGUUUGGAUUGUGGGCCAUCCCGUGCUACAUUUGCCUCAAGAUGUUCUUUUGGAGAAUGCUGAGCAUUUGGUUUUUCUUCACCGUCGUCACAGCUCUCGUCAUGUACAAGGCCACUCGCAAGAGAAUCAGCACAAACACUCCCAGACUGGUGUAUAGGUGGUUCCUGCUCAUCUACCAGGUCACAUAUGGACUGGGAGUAUUUGGCUACGUCCUUCUCCUCCUCAUCUUCACUGGCAUCGGGUUCUUCCUCCCCUUCCACCCAGACUCCAUCAUGGAGUUUGGGGUCACCACCGUCUUCUACGGCAUCUACUAUGGUGUCAUGGGGAGAGACUGCGCCGAACUCUGCGUCGACUACAUGGCUGUCUCUGUCAUGUACACGUCUUCAGGCGAGAGUCUGCCCAAACUGGAACUGACUCGGGACAUGUGUGCUGUCUGCGGACAGCGCAUCGUCCUCCCCUCAGAAGACAGAGAGGUGGCAGAGAGGACUUACAAACUCACCUGCAACCAUCUAUUCCACGAGUUCUGCAUACGAGGAUGGUGUCUGGUGGGCAAGAAACAGACGUGCCCUUACUGCCGAGAGAAGGUGGACCUGAAGAGAAUGUUCCACCAACCGUGGGAGAAAACCGCACGUACUGUUUGGACAACUUCUAGACUUUAUUAGGUACUUUGUCGUCUGGUUGCCCGCCAUUCUAGUCUCCGUACAGCUCAUCUAUUACCUGCUGGAUUUGAAAUAGUAGGCCACCCUCUAUUAUUGUAUUAACCUGUUAUUGUAAGUUAUGAAACACGACAGUUCAUACAAACAGGUGUGGAGAAAUGGAAAUAAAAUACUAGUAUGUCGCUGUUGCAUAAUUACACACUGUUUGCUAUAAUACAAUACACUAUUUUAAGACAUGUAAUGCUAUACUUGGUGAAAAUUGCAGUUAAAGUGUGUUAGUUUUUAGCCCUGAGAGCUGCCCUUUUCCCGGCGUGGGGCUUUGUAGGUCUUCCGACUUUUCUCCCACCAAUGCCACUGGCACUGGGAGGUGCAGCGGAAACCGGUUUUUCCUGUUUCUUUUCCGGUUUGGCGAGACGCUGCCUAAGCCUCUCGGGUAGCUCUGCGGUCCUCUUGGCGGCUCGUUUGGGGGGAGAAAAAUUCAUCUCAAACAUGGAGGUCGUCAGGAUCUCAUCUUGCCCGUCGGUCUCGGUACGAUUCUCGUCUCCGAGGCAGCCCUGGAGGUUAUAACUGGGGUCAAUUGUGGCUCUGCGAGGGUCGUACAUUAGCGUGUCUCCAUCGGUUGACCGGAGUGAGGAGACAGUUUGUCGUGGGGUUAGUGGAUCGCUGAUCCGUCUACGAGACGAAGCCGGGCUCCCCGAGGAGCCCAGGUCUCCGGCAAGCUUUCGAGCCCCGCUCGUUCGCUUCCUGGAUUCCUCGAGAACGGAUGCCGAGUCACUGGUGAUCCUGACAGAGGUGUUGUUCCCGACCGCUCUCUUUCUCGCCAGCUGAAGUCGACGGGUCUGCUCACCGAGCAGGCCGGGAUGACUUUUCUUCUCCUGCAGCUCCACGGCAUACGAAGACUUGAGGUGAGGAAGAACCUGUCUGUUUCGAGCCUUCAGCUCUGAGAUUCUGUACCGGUCGUCUUCUCCUCUUCCCCCUCCUCCUCCUCCUCCAACUCCUCUUCCUGUACUGUUUUGUGGGGGAUGGAUUGACUGCAUUGGGUGGAGGUUUUACGGCGGUGCUCUGGUACGUGGGAGCAGAGAAGACACUGUCGUUGAGAGUGGUUUCAGCGGUUUCGUCCGUGGAGUGGAGGUGGUGGGACGAGCUGGGGUUGGAUACCAAAAUAUCGCUGGAAAUGCGCGAGAUGUCGAGUUCAUUCUUCUUGAA